GGGGGGUGGUCAAUGCAGUAAUGAUACUUUCCCCCAGGGCUUUUUAAAAGGCUUUGCAUCUGUAGCAAUUUCGCGACUUCGUGUUGCUCGUGUGGUUUUUAAGUUAGCGAUGUACUGGUGCAGAUUGGACUUUCAGAUUCUUUCACUUUCUUGCUGGUAACAAUGCAAGUGUGAAACAGAUAGAGGCCAUUUGACUCACAGAAUGGUUUACCAGUUCAUUGGAGAGGAAUCCGCAAUCCCGUUCCUUCCUGCUAGUCCUGAAAACUUUCCCCUCUCAAGUGCUUACCCAGUUUGCUUUGUAACUCCUGAUACAAGAUUUCCUCUGUCCUCCAGGAAAGUGAAUUCUAGUUUGUGUGAGAAAUGCUAACCUGGUGUAUACCUCGAUACAUACAUGUUACUAUUUAUGUAAUGUACAGUUUUUAAAAGCUUGUCUUGCAUACCAUCCAUUCAGAUCAAUUCAUUAGAACCCGACAUUGCCGGUGAUGCAAAGGAAAACAGUAACAGCACAAUAAAGUGUCACAGUUACAGAAAAACCUGCAGUGCUGUUAGACAAUAAUUAGGUGAAUAGUGAAGUCCAGAGUCCAUCUUACUGUACCAGUGAGGUCUUCAGUAGUCUUAUAACAGUGAGAUAUGAACUGUCCUUAGGCUUCAUGGUACGUUAUACCUGGUGGGAAGGGGGGUGAGGAAAGAGAAUGUCCUGGGUGGGUGCUGCUAUACGCAGGCAGUGAGAAGUCUAGACAGAAGGGAGGCUAAUUGUGGGCUCUUGCUUUGGUAGGUCCUCUUUAAAUAAUCUACUAAAUGGAGGUUUUCCCCUUGGAUUAGGAAAAUGGUACCAGAGAUUCCAUCUCCAACAUUAUCACUUAAUUUAUCAUUUCCCAUCCCCAUGCCAGUUAUUAAUCCCUCAGAUCUUUUCCUCAUCAAUUCCAUUUCUGGACUACCAAACCCACCCCCAAUUCUUGCUAACCUACAACACUCAUUCCUAAUUGUUGACCACCUCUUCUCCCUCUGCGCCUUGCCUCCAGCAGCUAACCCUCACUUUCUCUAUGUCCCCCACCCUUCUUUAGGAACCAAUGUUAAUUCAAGCUCUCACGUCUAAAUCCUGCCGUCUCUGUGUUUUGAUUCCUUAUGUCUGGUUCACUCACUACCCCUCUCUUACAUUCCCCCCCCCCACCUGAAUUGGCACUUAACAUGAUUUUCCUUGCACCCAGUGGCUAUCUCAGUUUUUUUGGCAACUGUUUUUAUGGUUAGAGAAAUGCAGAGACGUGACUACGUAUGGUGCAUUUCCCACUUUGACAGAAAUGUCAGUGAAACCAUUUAAUAUAAUGAGUUUGUUUUAGGUUAUAAAAAGGGAGAAUUACAUUGAAUGCAUAAUGGUCAUAACAUUUGAAGAAAUGUUAACUGUCAUUAUGUGGUAUGAUCAGUUGUGCGGUGCUAAAAUCCCAGUGAUUUCUGCAUCUUUUCUUAAACAUUGGCAGAAAUGAGAUUUUGUGUUUAUUAGUCAUUUUGCCACUGUAUUAUAAUCUUUCUCAAAGGUUGCUAGUUUUACCAUUUCAACUUGAGUGAUGGUAAAAGGACAGAAGGGUGAAACAAAGAACACAGUGUUGGGUUCAUGUUGGAUGUAAACUAUAUGAGCUGUACUUUGCUCUACUGAAGAACUUAGGAAACUGUAUAUUGUGAAAAGGAAUUGUGAACUGGUCAGGUGCAGCAUCAAAGAGGACUUUCUUUGCAAAGCAACUCAAAAUUAUUCAGAAACUCCCAUGAAUAAUUACAACCAUCAAAUCUUUUCUGUGCAAAUAUUAUCUCCAUCCACGUAUCCUGAUGCCUGUGUUUUCUCCUCGUGGGAUAAUAGAGGCUUUAUAAUUGAAGUGGGAAUCACCUGGUGCGGUUUGCUUGGACUUGCACAGAUAAACUAAGGAAAGCAAUGGAAGAUUUAAAGAGUGGUGAAGAUGAGCAAAUAUAUAUAGAAGAUGACGAUGAAGGCAGUGUGUUGCUAUUUUCGGAUAAAGAGAAUGAAGCUAAGGACCUGCAACAGACUACUGACACAAUAGUAGUUAACAAGCAAGCGGGCCCAGCCGUCUCCAGCACAGAAGGAGAUCUAAUUACAAAAGUGUGUAAACCCGUUGAUCAGGAUAUCUCCCCUUCUUUAAGUGAUGGCUCAAAUUCAGUUGACAGUUUAUUCAAGACGCAGUGUGCAUCUACACCAGAAAGAAACAAGAGCACGCCGAAUACAGGGACAUUUUUAACCCAAUUAGAAUUCAAAAGUCAAAAUGAGCUUGAUUCUGAGAGCUCGUCUGAUUCAGAUGAAGGUCUAUGGCGUCCAAGUUUUUUGAAAGUUGGUGAAGUAAGAAGACGGUGGCGAAGCAAAAGAUCCAGAAGCAGGUACACUCGUAAGAAACACGGCCUGCCAAGAGGAAGGCUGCAGGCAUCCAUGUCUGCGGUAGAGAAAAAGAGGAAGUUGAGAGAGCGAGGACUGGAGUUUCCAUUUUUGCAAAAGGAAUAUGGAAAGAAGGAUUUGCCAUUUAAGAUGAUUUUUACAUAUGAGCAAGCUGCUUUGUGUGGAUUAUUUGAUUACAUUAAGGAGUUAAAAUGUCAGAAACAUCUCAUAAACUCCUUAAAAAACAUAAAUGUGGAUUGUGCAGAAAGAGUUGGUGGUCCAACAAAGCAAUACAAAUACCUGGAUGAGAAAAGACCAAUUUCACCCAUAUCAGAAAGCAGCGAUGAAACCUGCAUUGAAGACUCGGGAAACGAAGAGGCUUUUGAUAUGAAAGUCGUGGAUAAUAGCUACUUCAUAUCAGAAAAAGGGUCUGGAGGAAAGAAAAGGUACUCUAGGAAAAUGCAGUACAGGAAAAAAGAGGAAAGAUCUCUAAGGAGUGGUAAAAAUAAAGGCCACCAUGAAGCCAAUGGUAAAAGUAAAGGUCACGUUAAAAAUAAACAAGAGACAGUUGAACAAAAGGACCAUUCCACACAAAAUCUUCCUCACAAUGCACCUUUUAACCAGAAAAUCGAAGAAAAAUUAGCAGACCUGGACAGUCUACAGAAUUCCCACAGGCCAUUAGAUGAAGGGGAAGUUGAAGAAGCAGAGACUGUACUUUCUCUUAAGAGUCGCAAGUCUAAUAAACAUUCAAAAAGUAUAAUGAUGCAAAAGAGGGAACACAUAACUUCGCCAGAAGAGAAUAAUCUAGAAAGAAUGGAUUGUGAACUAACGACGCACCGUAAGUUCCUUUGUAAUGGUACUGCUCAAAGGAAUAUUUCCCAAGAUCGGGAUCAUCCUGUGGAACAAGCCAACAAAGACACAAAUUUAUCAAUGGUGUCUCAGAAGAAGAAGUUUAAACUUUAUAAUGGGAAUAGUUAUUUUACUGCCUCACCAUUGUAAAAAGGGUAAUAACUGCUUUACCUGGUCACCAUCAAAAGCCGUUAUUUAAGAAUGAACUAAAUAACAUCUGAAUUGCAGUUACAAAUGAAUGGCACAUUUGCACUAAAUUAUUCAGUCAAUUAUGGCUUGAUACUAUCAAUAACUUUUACUGGGGAAGUAUUUUCCAUUGACUUUGAAUCCAGAAUUUUCACAAAGUAUAUUAAUUUUAAGAAUAUUAUGCAACAGAAACAUAUUGUCAUUCUGUGGAUGAACAUUGUGAAAGUUGGAAAAUAUUCUUUUAUACUCUGCAGAAGUAAGGUUUCAACAUGAUCCUUACUUAUUGCCUGUGCCUAAAACUUUGUCCUGAAGCUAAAAUCUUACAAAUAAGUCAAACGGUUAUUUUCUAAACCUACAGCAUAUAACAGGUAAUUGUGAAAUUUCGACCUUGCAGAAAUCCUUUUGAGGCGAUUUGUAAUCAAGUAUUAAUGUUGGAAAAUGUUUGUUCAUCUGAAUUGUUCAUCGGAGCAAUUUCUCCCAAUGGCCCAUUGAAGUUUUCCAGAAAUUUAUGUUUUUAGUUUUAUUUAUCAAAAGUUAAUAGUGAAAAUUAGAGAAUGGAGAGUAGUUUUCUUUUAGAUAGCAGUGUAAAUAACCAUUUCCUGUUAGUGAUUCACAUAAAAUAACUUGUAGUAUUUUAUUUUCCUUUGUCAAAUAUUAAAAAGGUCAGCACACUCUGUACCAAAUUAGAUAAACUUCUAAGUUGAGUUUAUUUGUGUUUAUAUCAUACGUAUAGAUUAAUCGGUUAUUUUUAAAAUGUUAUAAUAGUUUUGAUGUAUUAAGGAUCAGAAUUGUUUUAAAACUGAAAAUUAUGAUAUUGUUUACAUUUUACUAUUUUAUGACUGGUAAUGCAGAAAAUGAACAAAGAUGACACCCAUGCUUCAAUUGUUAUGGCUGCAUAUUGCCACUUGGGAAUGAAAAACUGCACUAUGAAAUGAGAAACGUAAAACUAGAUAAUAGAGUAAGAAUUUUGUUAUUGGCUAAAUGUUUGCACAGAGAUCCAUAAACCAUAUGCUUUUGAAAAAUUUGUUUCCAUAUUUCCUUGGAUUAGCUAUGUUGCAUGUAGUUUAUAGUGAGGAGCACAUAUUUAUUGCAUCAUAAGGUUGAUGCAAAGAAAUAUGUGAUCUUUGUAAAUAUCUUUAAUGAAUCUGUACUUUUCCAUUCAAAUGAUUUGUGUUCAUUAAACAUGAGAAAUGAUUUACAUUUAUAUAACAACUUUAACAUAAGCAUUCUAAGGUAUAUCACAACAGUGAUGUCCAA